CACAUUUCGAGAACUCCACUGGUUGCAAUGGCUGCAACGAUAGCUCCAUGAAAUUUGGAAAGCUUUUUGCAAAUCUCGAUGGCCGCCACUCUCUCUCUUCACCUCAACCGAUUCGCGUCUCUUUCUCCUCUCUAUUCACACUAUUCCCCUAUCUUCUUCGCCAAUAGGCGCCAUCUGUCGCUCACUUGUUCAAAUAGGCCGCGCUUUUACAAUAUUCGCGCUAUAUUCAGCUCUAUUCAGCGCAGCUCACGUAGGCCUUUUAGUGUUUCAGCCUCUGCUUCUCAAGAAUUGAAUAAUCACAGGGAUGGAUUGGAUGAAAUAUAUGAUGUGAUUGUAGUUGGUGGUGGGCAUGCAGGAUGUGAAGCUGCACUUGCAUCUGCUCGUCUAGGAGCAAAAACACUUCUUCUCACACUGAACAUUGACCGAAUUGCAUGGCAGCCCUGCAAUCCAGCUGUUGGUGGACCUGCAAAGUCUCAGCUUGUACAUGAAGUGGAUGCACUUGGUGGUGAAAUUGGAAAAAUAGCAGAUAGGUGUUACCUGCAAAAGCGAAUUUUAAAUCUCUCAAGGGGCCCUGCUGUCAGAGCAUUACGUGCUCAAACUGAUAAAAGGGAAUAUGCUUUUGAAAUGAAGAAGAUUGUGGAAAGUACUCCUCACCUUUCCAUUAGAGAAGCAAUGGUAACGGAUGUUUUGGUAGGAAAGAAUGACAGUGUAGAAGGCGUUCAGACAUUCUUUGGCAUGAAAUUUUAUGCACCUUCAGUUGUUCUCACUACUGGCACCUUCAUGAGUGGGAAAAUCUGGGUUGGCAGAACUUCAAUGCCCGCAGGAAGAGCUGGAGAAUCAGCUUCUCAUGGCCUUACGGAAAAUCUACAGCAGUUUGGAUUUGAGACAGACCGGUUAAAAACUGGAACACCUGCACGUGUAGAUUCUCGCACGGUGGAUUUCUCUGGAAUGGAGCCUCAACACGGAGAUGAAGAGGUAAGCUGGUUUAGCUUUGAUCCUGAUUACCAUAUUGAAAGAGAACAGAUGUGCUGCUAUCUGACGCGUACUACAAAGAAAACUCAUCAAUUAAUAAAAGAUAACUUGCAUGAGACCCCAACCUAUGGAGGAUGGGUGGAAGCUAAGGGACCUCGAUACUGCCCCUCUAUUGAGGACAAGAUUGUCAGAUUUCAGGAUAAGGAGUCUCACCAAAUAUUUCUAGAACCAGAGGGUCGGACAGUGCCUGAACUUUAUGUGCAGGGAUUUUCUACGGGCUUACCGGAGAGACUUCAGCUGCCACUGUUAAGAACUUUACCUGGACUUGAAAAUUGUUCAAUGCUGAGGCCUGCUUAUGCUGUGGAGUAUGAUUACUUGCCAGCACAUCAGUGUUUUAGGUCCCUCAUGACAAAAAAAAUUGAAGGACUAUUUUUCUCUGGUCAAAUUAAUGGAACAACUGGCUAUGAAGAAGCUGCUGCUCAGGGCAUCAUUUCCGGAAUAAAUGCUGCAAGACACUCAGAUGGUAAACCUUUAAUUGUCCUGGAGAGAGAAAGCAGUUAUAUAGGAACUUUGAUUGAUGAUUUGGUGACUAAGGACCUCCGGGAGCCUUACCGGGUGUUGACAAGCCGCUCUGAACAUCGGUUGCUCUUGCGAUCUGAUAAUGCUGAUAGCCGCCUCACACCCCUUGGACGAGAUAUUGGUUUGAUAGAUGAUGUGCGUUGGAAGAUCUACCAGGACAAGCAGGCUCGUAUCUUGGAAGAAAAAAAACGACUCAAGACAGUCAGGGUUUCAGGUGGAGAUCUUGCUACUGAAGUUGCGAAGGUUUCUUCUCAGCCAGUGAAGGAAUCAUCUACACUGGAAAGCCUCCUUAAGAAGCCACAUGUGCAAUACAAAAUAUUUGACAAGCAUGGAUUUGGGAAUGCUCUAUUAUCUAGGAUGGAAAAGGAAUGCGUAGAGAUAGAUAUUAAGUAUGAAGGCUUCAUCAUACGUCAACAAAUCCAACUACGGCAGAUGGCUCACCAACAGCACAGACGACUUCCCGAGGACCUUGACUAUUUUGAUAUGACAACUUUGUCUCAUGAAGCACGCGAGAAACUGUCGAAGGUGAGGCCGCAAACAAUUGGGCAGGCUAGCAGAGUAGGUGGAGUAAGCCCUGCUGAUAUUACCGCACUCCUCAUAAUCCUAGAAUCAAACCGGAGGAAGGCUGCGGAACGAACGCGACAUCAAAUAAUCACCUCUACUCUGGCUGGUGAGAUGCAGGAAGCGUCGGAGGCGAGCAGCAACUGAACUAUUCUAAGUAAGAAUAAUAUCUUGUAAAUAUAUACAAGUAAAUCCAGAAGAGCUUUUGCAACGCUGCUUUUCACUGUUUUUGAUAAUCCCUUCGGAGUAGCUGACCCCAGUGCUAUGCAUAUUUAUGAGGCCAUAUUAUUGUAUAGUGGUAACGAAUAACGAUUUACUUUCAAAAAAAUUAAUAAGUAUAUGAUUUUGUUAGUGACUGA